AUGAAUUUAUUGUACAACAUUUUGACUUACGCCAAACCAGAAGAUAUUAUUAAUAUUUUACUUAUUGUAAUAUGUUCAUAUAUAUUUCAUUUUUAUUACAAAUACUUUACUCGUAUUAAUCCACUUCCCGGCCCAAUACCAAUUCCUUUAAUUGGAAUUUUAAUGGUGAAUAAUGAUCUUGAUAAAUUAAAUAAAAUUUAUGGUUAUAAUGGCAUAUUUGAAUUUUAUAUUGCCAAUCAUAGACAAAUCGUAAUUACUAAAGCUGAAUAUGCAAAAAAAUUUUUGGCACCAUCCUCGAAAGAUUGCAAGGUUUACUGGAAGAGAUUCCCAAAAGCUGAGAUGCUCAAAGAUCUUGGUAUUCAUAGAGGAUUGGUAUUUAAUGUUAAUUUCAAUAACUGGAAGUUUAAUCGUCAAAUUUAUAUACAAGCAAUUGAGAGAAUAAGUAAUUCGAAUAGAACUAUUGAAUUUAUAAACGAUUUGUUCGAAGAAUUGUCAAAUUGUUGGAUAGACUUGAAUCAAAAUGGGUAUAAUUCAGGAAUUAUUGAUUUGACAGCUUGGACAAAACGAUUUAUAAAUGACUUAAUGUUCUUAUUGUCAACAGGAAAGCGAUCAUCUGCGAUUAAUUUUUAUUAUCGUACAUUAAAGAAUGAAAAAACUACAAAAAAUAUGAUAGAUUCAGAAUAUUAUAUUGAAUGUUUAACUUAUUUUUUGGUUAACUUUCGAACAGUAUUUACGCCGAAACAUUUAAAAAUAUUACCUAAGAUCAGAUAUCGUGUAGAUAAAUUUAUAGAAGUCAAAAAUUUUUUACUUGAUAAAUUAUUAGAAAGUGUUAGAGAUAGAAGAAAAGAAAUUGAAAAAAUCAGUAAUAGUAAUAGCUUUGAUUCGAAACUAUUAAAAGAUGAUCUAUUGACAUCUUUUAUUAUUGCUAAUACGCCAUACGAAUCUCGUCCUCAAAAAAGAGUUGAUUCUUCUUUAGUAAGGCCAAUGAAUGAUGAAGAAAUAAGUUCUAUAUUAUUUGACACACUUACUGGAAGUACGGAUUCUGUUGCAAGUGCAUUUAGUUUUGCACUAUAUAACAUUGCACAUCAUCCAGAUGCCAAAAAGAAGUUAUUAGAUGAGAUCAACUCAGUUUUUAAGGAUGAUCCAACUAGACGAAUAACUUUAGAUGACCUUGAAAAAUUAAAGUAUUGUGAAGCAAUUAUUUUAGAGUCAUUGAGAAUAAGAUCACCAACUACCGUUCUUACGAGAUAUAAUGGAGAACCUGAUGAAGUAGCGGGAUAUAAAUGGCCAUCAAAUACUUUAUUCACGUUGUAUACUCAUGGAAUUAAUUAUAACCCUCUUUAUUGGAAAGAUCCUGAUAAAUUCAUUCCGGAAAGAUUCUUCAAACCUCAAGAUACUGAUAAGUUAUAUAGUUUUUUAUCUACAUCAUUUGGUGCAGGUUUAAGAAAUUGUCCGGGUAAAAAAAUCACAAUGAAUGAAAUGAAAAUGUUAUUGGCUUUAAUUUAUAGAAAAUUUGAUAUUGAACUUGUUGAUGUGAAAGCACCCCUUGAAGUUAUUCCUUCAGUAAUGGCUAUUUGCAAAAAAUUAGAAGCCAGAAUUAUUCCUAAAG